AUGGCAUUUCAGAUAAAUUACAUUUGGAUAAGGACGAACGUGUUUGGGUUUGGAAGGCUGCUGAUUGAUUCUAGCAGGAGUGUGGACCGCUGCCAUGCUGUGCCCACCGUCUACAGCACACGAUGGGCCAGCAGGUUCACUGUCGAGCCCCAGCCACCUGCAGAGACCCCAAGACCUCGCGGUCCACAGGGCUGUCGUGCACAGGGCUGUCGUGGUCACGGGGUCUGCCACGUGCUUCCGAAUCAGCCGGUCACGCGGGUGAAGCGGCCACGCCCCCUACACGGGCGCCCAGCGCGGCCCUGGGACAGGUCACGCGGCACACGAGGUCGCACACGUGAGGCUCGCAGCCCUCCCGCCGUCCAGCGCCCUUGCGCCGGCUGGGUCCUGAGCGUUGCCGAGCCGCUGAGGGCACGCCGUGAGCUUGAAGCAGCUCAGCUGUACGGCUGCCCAGGCCCCAGCCUCACGGCGCCCUGCAGCCUCUCGAAGGCCGCCUUUUUCAGGUGUAGCGUGUCCCUCCGGCUCGCGCAGGAAGCCCUCUGCGGGGACGACGGGGUGUGGGCGGCAGGGACAGGCCGCAGCGCCCGGCCCUCGACGGCGCCCCGGCUCCGUGGAACGUUCUGGGUCCGCUGGCCUGAGGCCGCUGUGUCAAACUUCCUGUGGAGCCAGAAAUCUUGGAAGGCGAAAAAAAAAGUUGCAGUCAUCACUGCCAACAAUCUGGUUAGCCGGACAGGACCUUCCUGUUUUCUGCAGGGUCAUAAAAUUCUCCUUAGGGGAUUUAUGGCUAUAUUUUUGCUUAAACUGGAUGAGGCAAGAAUAACUGAAGAACAGAGUGUGCUGACUAUAAAACUUCCCACUUCAGAUUGCUUGGACUCUGUCGUAGAUGGGCUUCCUUGCGCUUCCCUCAGUUUGGCCGAGUGACCCAGCCUGGCACAAGCCGCAGGAUGAGUUUGGAUCUCCUAACAUACAGCCCUGAAAAGGUGAGGGUGUUGUCUUGUCACUAACUGGGAGGGGUGUCUAGCUCCCUGGAUUUGAAGGAAGAGCGUGAGGAAUAGGGAUGAAUGCCCACCACUGUGUUUGUUUCAGCAAAACUGUCUUCUGAGUGGCACCAGGAAACCAACUGAAUUCUGACUUUUCCAAACAAGAAAUCAUAUGACUUCGGGAAAACAUUUAGCUCAUGAAUUCCUCUGGUUCCCUUCAUGUACAGAGCACAUUUACAAUGAGUACUCAGGGGACUCUUGAUUAUUAAGUAAUAGACUAUUUGCUCAAUAAACACUAAAUGAUAGUUAUAGUUACAAUUAAGUUCUUUUCCAGUUUUUUUUCAGAAUUAAGUUCCUUUCUGUGACAUGGUAGUUGUGAAGUAAGAAAAAGAACAGCACUUCCCUUGUGAAGUUGUUUUUGCAGUAUUUGUUUACGUUCAUAGAAGGAUGGCAUAAGCUUACUAAAACUGUCAUCUUUGGACAAAAAUAAAGGCCAGUCCAUUACCUGUCAUGUGAGACACUCUGGAGAAGGGAACACAAUUCAUGCACAUAGUAAACUUAAUUUAUAUUUAUUUAUUUAUACAGAUAGGCAGUUUUUA